GAACGUGACUGAUUGAGUUGGAGGGCUUUUUGCUACACUGUUUCAGUCUUAUAAUUGCUCAAUUGGAUAUUUAUAUUUCACAAUGUACGACAGUAAUAACUGACGAGCCUUAGUGCUUUUUUUAGAAGCAUUGAAAAUUUCCUCUCUCUAACCAGUAAAUAUCUCCAUUGUUCAACAUAAUUAAGUGAGCCACUAUCAAAGAAGACGCCUAGCAGCGUCUUAUUAGUGUUGUACCCUUUGUAGUGAUUGCAUCUAUCGAGAAAAUGAUAAUAAACAGCAUGAGAUAUCAGUGGCUGGUGACCUUCUCCUUUCUGGCGAGUUGUGCUGCAGCUUCAACCGCUCCAGUAUUUAGCAGUCAAUACGUCGCUAAAGGAACACUUUACAUCCCCUACGCAGAGAUCAAGGAGCCUUUUUAUGCGUGGUACGACUCACAGAGGGGAUCCAGUCGCAUUGAUUAUUAUGGCGGGAUGGUGAAGACCUUCCAAUUGAGUAAUCAGGGUCCUCACGGUACAAUGCUCAAGCUCGCACCAGUAACAACAGAAGCCGAAAUGAAUGUGGAAAAAUGUAUGAAAGUUGAAGGUGACAGCAGUGGGCCAGUGGGAAUUCAGUCUAUAGUUCCUGAUACCCACGGUAUGGAGUGCAUUGGCGAGGAGAUGAUCAACAGCCUUCCCUGUGAAAAAUGGCGUUUGACAGAAACAAUCGGGAAAAAGACCAACAAAUACACUCUCUGGAUUAGGUACAAGAAAUCAAUAACUGGCGCCAAAGAACCCAUUCCAAUCAUGUACGAAAUGAAGGGAUUCAACAGUCUAUUGGGCUCACACUACGAUCAUUAUUAUCUUAUGUAUGAUUGGUAUUCAUACGAGACCCCUAGCGCUGAUGUUUUCAACGUUGAAGCCAAUAUGACCUGUGGCAGCUUCCCUGGACCUGGUGAUAGGCAUGUAGCGACCUUCAACCCAAUUCGUGAAUUUGUCCACAACGAUAAUCAUCACGUGGACGUGGAGUUUGAUCGUUUCAGGAAGCAUCACGGUCGAAAUUACUCGAUUGAUCAGAAGGAAUACCAUCGUCGCAAGACGGUGUUCCGGCAAAAUCUGAGACUCAUUCACUCUACAAAUCGGGCCAAUUUGGGAUUUCAACUUGGUGUGAAUCACUUGGCGGAUCGUACGGAUACAGAACUCGCGGCGUUGAGAGGGAAACAAUACUCUGAGGGGAUGGAUAAUGGAGGUAUGGCAUUUCCACAUAAUAUUGAAGAGGAAAUUAAGGAUGUUCCUGAUAAUUUCGAUUGGCGUCUAUUUGGGGCAGUUACCCCAGUGAAAGAUCAAUCGGUCUGUGGUUCCUGCUGGAGUUUUGGUACAACAGGUGCAAUCGAGGGUGCCUACUUCGUGAAACACAAUAAAUUAGUAAAACUUUCCCAACAAGCCCUGAUUGAUUGCUCCUGGGGAUACGGAAACAACGGUUGUGAUGGCGGUGAGGACUUUAGGUCUUACGCUUUCGUCAUGAAGCAUGGGGGGCUCCCAACCGAGGAUGACUACGGUGGAUAUCUUGGUCAGGACGGCUACUGCCACAUCGACAACGUCACACUCACAGCCACUAUGACGGGAUUUGUUAACGUCACACCUGGUAGUGCAGAAGCCCUAAAAAUUGCCAUUGCUAAACACGGUCCUGUCUCUGUCGCUAUCGACGCAGCUCAUAAAACCUUUUCUUUCUACGCUAAUGGUGUUUACUACGAGCCAACUUGUGGAAAUGGCGAGGCAAACCUCGAUCACGCUGUUCUCGCUGUGGGGUAUGGCACGAUAAAGGGACAGGCUUACUGGCUUAUCAAAAAUUCAUGGUCCACCUACUGGGGCAAUGAUGGAUACAUCCUCAUGGCUCAGAAGAACAACAACUGUGGAGUUCUCACUGCGCCUACGUACGCCGAGAUGGCGUAAAGAAUCCUCCCGUUGAAGAAUUAAUUUUUCAAAUAUAUAAUGAAAUAUGUAAGACAUACAUUAUACAUAUUUUUUAUAGCAAUUAAGUCGAUUUUUUUCAUACUAUAUGUAGUCAAACACACCAUUUUUCCCGUGCGGAUGUGAAAUAAUGUUUUUUUUCCAUACUUUCUAUUACCUAGCCAAUACUUGAUGCUAUUGCAAUGUUGAUGGAAACAAUUUUGUUAGAUUCGUUAGUUGGAAUGAGUAUAUUUUCAGAGCGUAUUUUAACGUUGGCUUUGUAAAAUGCUGUUAUAUUUUUAUUAUAUGAGAAAUAAAUUUACUCAUCAAUAGAAUCGAUUGAAAA